AUGCUGUAUGACCAGCGAAGCGUGCUGCGGCAGCCCGACCUGUACGACUACGGGGCUUACCUGAGUCGGGACUUGUGCGCGUCGGGGGUGUUGUACUUGGCGCUGGCGAAUUCGCUGUUGGCUGCGCUGCUGCCCGAGGACCAGCGGCUCUCCAUCGCGCAGGAAUGCACAGGAUACCCCACACUCUGCAGACCAGUGGCCCAGGGGGGCCUCGGCUUCGACUACCGCCUCGACAGCUCUCUCAGCCAGAGCCUCCGCCGCCUCAUUCGCCAGUCCGGCCGCCGCCACGGCCGCUGGAUGACUGCCCAGGUCCUCUGGGCACUCGCCAACAAACCCAACACUGAAAAGCUUUUGGUUUCGGUCGACGACGCCGACACCACCAGGGUCUGCAGGAGGCGCCUGAAGAUCGCGCUGUUUGCGUGGGAGUCGCUGCACACCCACGCUGUAGGCGGGGUGGCUCCCCACGUGACGGAGUUGGCCGCGGGCCUGUCUCGCCAGGGCCACGAAGUUCACGUUUUUGUGCGGGCAAUGGAGUCUUGUGGGGGCUGUUCAGAGCACUACGGCGUGAUGUACCACGAAUGCACUUUCGACUUGGACCGGGACUUCGUGGUGGAGAUUCAAAACAUGUGCGAAAGCUUCAUUGCAUGCAUGCUGAGCGUCGAAGAGGCCAUGGGCACGGAGUUCGAGAUCUGCCACGCACACGACUGGCUGGCGGGCCGCGCCCUUAUCCGGGCCAAACAAAUGGCAAGUUUUCGGCUUUUCCGCAAAGGGAGAACUGCCAUUCUAACGAUGCACUCCACGGAGUUUGGCCGCUGUGGCAACAACAACUACGGCGGGGUGUCGAAGAGGAUUCGAGACAUUGAGGCGGAAGCUUGCCACUUGGCGGACCGCGUGAUCUGCGUGAGUGGAGUGCUGGCCGAGGAAGUGCGGGCGCAGUACGGAGUCCACCCUGCGAAGAUGACUGUCAUUUAUAACGGCAUAAACUGCAACAAGUUCGACGGCGAGGUCGACCCAGGCGCUGUGAAACACACUUACGGGGUCGGGGCUCUGGAUCCCAUGUUCUUGUUUGUGGGGAGGAUGGUGGUCCAGAAGGGCCCGGAUCUGCUGUUAGAAGCAGUGCCUUUUAUCCACAAGUUCCGAGGCGAUGCCAAGUUUGUCUUUGUGGGGGACGGCCACAUGAUGGAGAGUCUCAAGGGCCGCGCAGCUCAGCUGGGGGUGACUCACUCAGUGCGCUUUGUGGGCAAAAUGGGGGGCGGGGCCCUGCAUGCGCUUUUCAAGUCCUGCGACGCGGUGGUCGUUCCUUCAAGAAACGAGCCUUUCGGCAUUGUGGUUUUGGAGGCGUGGAGCGCCUCCAAGCCCGUCGUUGCUACCAACAGCGGAGGACCCAGGGACUUCGUCAACCCCAACAUUACAGGCAUUCUUGUGGACCCAACUCCUGGAAGCAUUGCUUGGGGUUGUUGCGAGAUUCUCAAGAACUUCGAACAUGCGCGGUGGAUGGGUUCUAGGGGCCGCGUCACUGCCGCCUUCAGCUUCAGCUGGGACUCCAUAGCGCAGCAGACACGGGAGAUUUACUACGAGCAGCGCAACAAGCACGACACCCCCCCUAACUGGACCUACAGCAGUGAAGGCGACGAAACGCUCGCUUUCGCGCUUAUUGGACCAGCAAUGUAUGAACACAUGUCAGUGGAGGACUGCGACCCCCACGUGGUCAGCGGCCUCGCGCUGUGGCGGCUGUACCGCUUGCUGGGUUCGGGCCUGGCGGACGGCCGGGUGAACUUCAUGGCGAACGAGUUCGCUCAUCCCGACGGCCUGGACCUGCCGCGGCCGGCCAAUCACUUUUCUAUGGCGAAGGCCUUCAGGCGCUGGAACCUUGCAGAAAGCCCAGCCCUCAAGUUCACCCAGUGCGAGCUUUUCGACUGCUGCCUCAACCACUGGGAAAGCGUAUUCGGCUGGCAGUCGGCCGCCCAUCUUUAUGUCGUCAAGUGCGAUGAGGAGGCCCAGGUGGUUGUUUUAGAAAGAGGGUCUUGCCUGUUUGCAUUCAAUUUCCAUCCUCACAAUAGCUACGAGGGCUUCCACGUCGGGUGUAUGUACAACGAGCCUAUGCGCCUUUUCCUCGACAGCGACGAAAGCCGGUUUGGAGGAUUUGGCCGACUCGCGCCGAGAACGCAACACCCAGCAACAGAGGCUAAGGACAGCCGCCCUCACUCUGUCCGGAUUUACCUCCCCUCAAGCACUUGUGCAGUUUACGUCCGCGAAUCGGUUUACUGCGAAAAGCAGCCAGAAAUCAUGGCCACACCGGUCCUGUCAAUGCAUCCAGAGGCGUAUGUGGACUACCGCAAAGCGGACAGGAGCUGGAAGAACUGA